AUGGAUUUUUUUGGGCAGCACAGACCAGAAGAUAACCAGUCAGUAGUUAGUAGAAUGCAGAAGAAAUACUGGAAAACCAAACAGGUCUUCAUCAAAGCAACCGGAAAGAAGGAGGAUGAGCAUGUGGUGGCGUCUGAUGCUGAACUGGAUGCUAAACUUGAGGUUUUUCACUCCAUUCAAGAGACAUGUACUGAACUUCUGAAGAUAGUUGAGAAAUAUCAGCUAAGACUCAAUGUUAUAUCGGAGGAAGAAAACGAACUAGGGCUCUUUUUAAAGUUCCAAGCAGAACGGGAUACAACGCAGGCUGGCAAAAUGAUGGAUGCCACUGGCAAGGCACUCUGUUCUUCAGCCAAGCAAAGAUUGGCUCUGUAUACUCCCCUGUCUCGCCUUCAGCAAGAAGUAGCAACAUUCAGCCAAAGGGCAGUAUCUGAUACCUUGACGACAAUUAAUCGGAUGGAGCAGGCACGCACAGAAUACAGAGGAGCCCUGCUGUGGAUGAAAGACGUAUCCCAAGAACUGGACCCAGACACCUUAAAACAAGUGGAAAAGUUCCGAAAAGUACAGACUCAAGUGAGAAAUAGCAAAACUUCUUUUGACAAGUUAAAGAUGGAUGUUUGUCAGAAAGUGGAUUUACUUGGAGCUAGUCGCUGCAAUAUGUUGUCUCACUCACUCGCUACCUACCAGAGAACACUGCUUGGAUUCUGGGAGAAAACAGCUCGAAUGAUGUCCCAGGUUCACGGGCCCUGUGUAGGCCUUCAUCCAUAUGACUUUGUAGCUCUCAAGCAACUACAAGACUCUCCAAUGACGCUUACUGAAGACCACAGGGAGGGACAAAGAGAAGACAGUUCUCUCCCUGAAAACCUCAGUAGGUUAGUUUUGUCAGAUGAGGAAGUGAACCUGGGAAGUGAACCAGCAACUGAAGAUCACAAGGAAAAACAUUCUCGAAUCAAAGAAUUUGUAGCACCUCAGUUUUCUGACUCUGAAAAUGUUGCGAAAGAUUUGCCAGUAGAUUCACUGGAAGAUGAUUUUGAGAAGGAAUUCUCCUUUCUGAACAGCCUCCUAAGUCCUGGUUGCUGGGGUGCUGGUGAAGCUUCCCAGGAAUGCCAGGCUGUCUUUGGAAGCCCCAAGGCCAGUCUCACGUGUCAGGAGCCUUCUGGGGGGUCCGAGCCUCUUGCUCACUCCGCAGGAUUCCUCCCUUCGCAGCUCUUUGACCUUGGCCUUCAUGCUGCUGGAGCUUUCAACAGCUGGGCCUCCUAUGGGGGAUUAGAAUUUCCUCUUUCACACAUUGAUAACCAGCCAGUGCCUUCACAGAGUCCAAAGAAAUUAACAAAAUCUCCCAACAGUGGUAACCAAGACAUGUCAGCCUGGUUCAAUCUAUUUGCAGACUUGGAUCCACUUUCAAACCCAGAUGCUAUCGGACACUCAGAUGAUGAACUUCUUAAUGCUUGACUGAAACUACGAUGCCACUUGAAUGGCCUUGAGACACCAGUUUUGCAACUUACUGCCUUAGCGGAAAGGAGUUUAUGUUGUCACUCACAUACGAAGACAUUGUGUUCGCAAAUUUAACACUUGACAGCCAACUUUAGACAGAUGGUAAGGACCAACCACAUUUCUAUAUAUUAAGUGUCUAUUUAAUAUCUUGAUCUGCAGCAGUUGGUAAUAUAUAUGGAAAACUUUAGAGACUAUUGAGUCUGAAAUUGAUACCAAAACUUAGGCUAACAGGUAGGGAUAACUGUCAGUAGGAAUUGGGUUUAUUUAUUUGGAAAGCCUUUUAUGUAUGAGUUGCCUUGCUGGCUGUGAGAUUUCUAUAUGUAGAUAAAGGACAGCAUGUAAACUGGGUUGUGAUUUGGGGUUGGCUUUUAAAUAAAACACUGGCAGGGGGAAUUUUCUGUUGUGGAACAUAGCACUAGAAACAAGACUAGUUUUGUCUUUAGAAAGGUAGAAUGAGAUUUGAGAACUCAGUUUUCUUUGAUGAAAUCACAGAGAAAACUCGGUACUUAUUCUCUCCAUUUGGAGGCUAAAAGGUAAUAUCUCAGUUCUUUUCUUUCAUACAAAAUCAUGGACACCCUCCAAUUUCAUUAUUGAAUUUUUUUUUGGUAAAGUAGCAGGAUGAGUUAUUUGCUAAGUCCACCCUCUGUAGAAACAGAAAACUCUCUUCCCGUCUUAUAAACCACAGGACUGUCCAGCAUAUUUCAGACAUUGUACUUCAUUGUGUCUUCAGGCCUAAGUCUGCACACAUUGCUAUCACAACGCACUGUAUUCACAUGCCGCCUGAAAGAAGACAAGGGGAGGAUACUCCCUGGGCAACUGCAGUCGUGUUCCUGCAAUUACCCAGAAACGUCUACUUGAAUGAGGGAAAAAUCUAAUUAACUCAUCCUCGAACAGAUGUGCAAUACUUACCCAGUAUUUCUGAACAUGAUUUAAUCCAGAAUACUUUCUGGCAAAGUUACAGAAAGCUCUAUACUAUCAGUAAAGCAGUCUUUGAUUUUUUUCACUUUUCUGUGGGUGACAUCAGCUGAGGUUCUAUUUGAUUAUGAAGGACAAACUUACCCUUGAAAGGUUUGGAGUCUUAAGUAUCAGAAGGCAGGCUAUUUAAUGGAAGCUGAAGUAUAUGCUAAUAUAAGCACGGCCAU